CUCCUUUUUGAACCAUCCAAAUUAUGGCAUCUUUCAUAAUACCAUUCAAAGCCCUUUUCUUCCUUAUAGUCAUCCUGCAUUGGCCUCUCUCUGUUCUUGCUUCUUCAUCCUCCUUUGCUGCAAAUGAAACAGAAACUCUUCUAAAAUGGAAAGCUAGCCUUGCCAACAACACCCAAACUUUGCUCUCUUCUUUGUGGGUUGGAGACAAGCAUUGCAAUUGGGUCGGAAUCACUUGCAACAAGGCUGGAAGCAUCACCAAUCUAAGCCUUCCAGAUUAUGGGUUCAAAGGUACACUUCAUAGUCUCAACUUCUUGUCCUUCCCCAACCUCAUGGGUCUUCACCUUCCUAACAACUCACUGUAUGGGCCCAUUCCCUCACACAUUGGAAACCUUUCCAAGCUCACCGAACUUGACUUGUCCAUGAAUGAUUUCUCCGGAAAUAUUCCAUCUAACAUAGGAAGGUUGUUAAGUUCACUUUCUAUUCUCUAUCUCCAUGAAAACGAUCUCACUGGUCCAAUACCUAUUUCUAUUGGAAGCUUGCACAAUUUGUCCCAACUUGACCUCUUUUACAAUAGGCUCAGUGGUUCUAUACCUAAAGAAGUUGGAAUGAUGAGGUCACUUGUUAUGCUUGAUCUUUCAGUGAACCACUUAACUGGUCCUAUCCCAGCAUCUCUGGGAAACCUAAGUAACUUGGUAUGGCUUUAUCUGUAUGGUAAUAACCUCUCUGGUUCUAUUCCCAAUGAACUAGGACAGCUUGGAUCUCUUACCACAAUGCAACUGUUAAGUAAUAAUCUCACUGGUGUCAUCCCUAAUUCCAUAGGAAACUUAACCAAUUUGUUAAGUCUUAAACUCUUUAAAAAUAAGCUUUGCGGGUCAAUACCUCAAGAGAUAGGGAUGCUUGUAUCUCUUACAGAACUUAUUUUAUCGGAUAACAAUUUCUCUGGUUCAAUCCCCGCUCCCAUAGGAAACUUAACCAAAUUGUCUAGUCUUUACCUUCCUGAAAAUAAGCUUUCCGGUUUGUCUGGCAUCCUUCCUCCAACACUUAGCAAUGUUACUCAUUUAGAAUCAUUACAAUUAUCAGACAACCAUCUUAGUGGUCCAUUACCUGAGAAUGUAUGCCUCGGUGGACAACUCGUAUAUCUUGGGGCUAUCAACAACAAUUUCAGGGGUCCGAUCCCAUCAUGUUUAGGAAACUGCAAAAGCUUGUACAGAGUUAGGCUUGAAGGAAACCAGUUGACAGGAAAUAUAUCAGAAGCUUUUGUUAUAUAUCCUAAUUUGAAUUAUAUUGCAUUAAGCAACAACAAAUUUUAUGAUACCACCGAGCUGAAGCAUGCAACUCAAUUACACGAACUCGAUGUCUCUUCAAAUCAUCUCAUUGGUGAGAUUCCCAAGGAAUUGAGAGCGUUGACGUUGAUGUACAAACUUUUGCUAAGUGGUAACCAACUUUCAGGCAAAAUUCCACCAGAGAUUGGAGUUCUUUCAAAUCUACAAUAUCUUAACUUGGCAUCACACAAUUUGAGUGGACCGAUUCCUAAUCAACUUGGAGAGUGCUCAAAGUUAUUGGACCUGAAUUUGAGCAAGAAUAAACUUGAAGAAAGCAUUCCAUUUUCAGUAAGCUACAUAAAUGGCCUUCAAAAUCUAGAUUUAAGUCAGAAUUUACUUAUUGGGAAGAUACCACAGGAGCUUGCAAAAUUACAUUCCUUGGAAAUAUUGGACCUUUCGCACAAUAUGCUGAAUGGUUCCAUCCCAAAUUCUUUUAAUGAUUUGAAAAGCUUGACUGUUGUGAAUAUAUCUUACAAUCAAUUAGAAGGCCCUGUUCCUAACAUUAGGGCAUUUCAUGAGGCUUCAUUUGAUGCCUUAAGAAGCAAUAAGGGACUAUGUGGUAAUGCCACUGGACUAAUGCCUUGUGCUGUCGCUGCUACUAGCAACGGUCAUAUAAAAAGCAGCCAGUCAUCAUUUUCAUUGUACUUCCACUCUUUGGUCUUCUUCUUUUGCUCUUUGUCAUGGCUGGAAGUUUUCUUAUUCUUUGCCAAAAGAACCAAACCAGAAAAUCCGAGUCAAUCGAGGCACAACUUGGAGAUUUUUUCACAUUGUGGGGAUAUAAUGGAAGAAUACUCUAUGAGAACAUUAUUGAAGCCACUGAAGAUUUCAGCUUCACCAAUUGCAUUGGUUCCGGAGGCUAUGGAGCUGUUUAUAAAGCUGUGUUACCCAUUGGUGAGGUGGUUGCUGUGA